AUGUGGCGGAAUGUGGGUGCAAGCCAAGCUCGAGUUAGUCCUUCAACAUCCUACACACCAAGUCGCCACAAGAGGAGCUAUGAGGAAGACGAGGAUAUGGAUCUACAUCCAUCUAAGCAGAAAGAGCAACAUAUGGGCAGUGGAGGUGAUAUCCAUGGAUGUGUGGAGCCAAAGAGAUUAGAAACAGAAGCUUCUGCAGGUCAUCAUCUCAUUUCUCCCAACUGCUCCCCUCCACUUGACUUAAAUUUUCCAUUGCCAGGAGAGAAGGGACCAGCAUGUCUUGUAAAGGUCUAUGAGAGCUGGGAUAGCUUCAAAGUCAAUGAUGUUCUGGAGGUAUAUGGUAUUUUGUCUGUGGAUCCAGUGCUGAGCAUAGUAAACAACGAAGAGAGGGACAGCUCAGCCCUCGAUCCUAUGGAGUGUAUGGACACAGCAGAAGAACAGAGAGUACACAGUCCUCCAGCCUCAUUAGUCCCCAGAAUCCACGUGAUUUUGGCACAGAAAUUACAACACAUUAACCCAUUACUGCCUGCCUGCCUUAAUGAAGAGGAGAGUAAAACCUCUGGUAUCACAAAAAGGUUGAAAUUUGUCAAGAAAGGGGAGAAGAUAUACAGUAAGAAGAGGGAGAGGAAAGCUGAGGGCAGUUAUGCAAGACGAGAUGUGCUUCCUCUGGGAAAGUUCACAGUCAACUUGAGCGGAUGUCCAAGAAAUAGCAUCUUCACAGAGCACAUAUACCGCAUUAUCCAGCAGCUUGUUCCAGCAUCCUAUCGCCUACAAAUGACCAUUGAAAACAUGAACCAUUCACGAUUUAUCCCACACAAAGACUACGCAGCUAAUCGCUUAGUCAGUGGAGUAUUGCAGCUUGCCAGCAACACUUCCCUUGUAGUAGAUGAGACUCAGCUUGAGCAAGGACAGCUUGACACAACAGGUGUACAUAAUGUGACAGCACUGGGUAAUCUGAUAACUUGGCAGAAGGUGGAUUAUGACUUCAAUUACCACCAGAUGGAAUUCCCAUGCAAUAUUAAUGUUCUUAUUACUUCAGAGGGCCGAUCACUCCUACCGUCAGAUUGCCAAGUCCACUUGCAACCACAGAUAAUUCCACCGAACAUGGAAGAGUAUAUGAACAGCCUCCUAACAGCAGUGCUCCCUUCUGUGUUGAACAAAUUUCGAAUUUAUCUAAGUUUAUUGAGGCUGCUGGACUAUAGUAUAUCUGAUGAAGUGACCAAGGCAGUAGAAGAAGACUUUGUAGAAAUGCGCAAGAAUGACCCUGAGAGCAUAACAGCUGAUGAUCUGCACAGGACUCUGCUUGUAGCAAGGUUCCUGUCUCUCAGCGCGGGGCAGACAACGCUGUCGAGAGAGAGGUGGCUGAGAGCAAAACAACUGGAGGGAUUACGUAAAGCCAGACUUCAGCAGCAAAAAUGUGUUAAUGGGAAUGAACUUUAA